AGAGAGGGUAAGAGAUGUGACAGUUCAUUCACAUUUGUGGACGUGGUUGAUUCUAUCUGCCAGAGUUCCUUCCCUUUCCGAGCACCAGUACACAUAUGUGACUAUUUCAAAUGAGGUUUACCAUCCGUGUUUACAGGUCGCCAUGUCACCGCCGCGGCUUUUAUUUGUAAAUAGUGUGGCCCCUCGGCGAGCAGGAGGCACAUUACUACGACUAGUAGUAGUACGAUAACAACUCCCACUGCUUGCACAUAAUGGAGCCUUUCUCGCUCCCCUCUCUCUCUUCCGUGGGGGGCUCGAUAAGUGACGAGCAACCCAAGACGGUGCACUGUUCUCUCCCAAUGGCAGCUUUAAGUGAAAAGGCGUGCCUGCAACCCCCCCACCCUUCCACCGCCCCCCACCCCCUCUCAAAGUACCCGAUGUAUAGUUAAAAAAUGGGAGGGCACAUUUGAAGCGAGCUGCUUCUAUGAAGGUAGGCUGCAGCGUGUGUUUAUUGAUGAGAUGAAAAGAAGAUGGAAGUGAGAAAUGAAACAAAGUGAAAGGGACACGUUAGACAUCUUCUAGCUCAGACGUCGUCGUGGGGGGAGAUCCAUGCCACUUUUUCUAAGGGUCACCGAGCUUCGAAGUGGAGAGCAACACAUGAUUUGGGAAGAGAGGACUGACAGCCUUGCCUAGCGCCCGGCCUCUGUUCAGCCAUCUCCACCAGCAAACUGAAGCUUGACCCGCACUUCUUCACCAGCCGCACGUCAUCUAACUGUCACAUCAGUCGCAAGGGGAUGACCGAGCGCAUUCAUAACAUCAAUCUCCACAACUUCAGCAAUUCUGUACUUGAGACCCUCAAUGAGCAGCGCAACCGUGGGCACUUUUGUGAUGUGACUGUUCGGAUCCAUGGAAGUAUGCUGCGAGCUCACCGCUGCGUGCUGGCCGCUGGAAGCCCCUUCUUUCAGGACAAGCUGCUUUUGGGCUACAGCGACAUCGAGAUCCCUUCUGUGGUCUCGGUGCAAUCCAUCCAAAAGUUGAUUGACUUUAUGUACAGCGGGAUUCUUCGAGUGUCUCAGUCGGAGGCCCUGCAGAUCCUAACCGCCGCCAGCAUCUUGCAGAUCAAGACCGUCAUCGAUGAGUGCACUCGCAUCGUGUCCCAGAAUGUGGGCCUGGCGGGCCCGGGGGCCUUCCCCGUCAUACCGGGAGACUCGGGUCAGGACACCCCCCGCGGCACGCCCGAGUCGGCCACGUCCGGGCCGAGCAGUGACGCCGAGUCGGGCUGCAUGCAAACGUCGUCCCAGCAGAACGUGGAUCGCGCCUACACGUCGCUCUACGCUUACUCGGGCCUCUCCAACGGCACCCGCGAGCGCUCCCUUUACAUCAACCCCAUGGCGAGCAACUUCGGCCCGAGCGGCGGCGCUCAGAAAGACCAGCAGUCGCAGGAUCCCCCCUGGAUGAACCGCAUCCAGGAUCGAUCCCAGCAGGUGGACCGCUUCAUCUCCACGGCCGAGUCGACGCACUGUCGCAAGCAGUCCCGACCGGUCCGCCUACAAACGGGCGGCAUGCACAUCAAGCAGGAGGCCGAAGACGAGUACGGCUGCUUUGAGAACGUGGGCGACUGCCAGGUGGAGAACGACCACGCCGAGGGCGCGGUGAGCGAGUCCAAGGUGGAAAGUUUCGACUCGGGUGUCAGCUCCUCCAUCAGUACCGAGCCAGACGCCAUGGAGCAGCAGCCCUACCUGAGCUUUAACCGGGAGGGGGCCGGCGGAGGCGGCGGCGGCGGCGAAGGCCAGCACGGGGAAGGCGGCCAGGUGCAGAUCGAGGUCAACGACUCGUCCCCGGAGCAAGCGCAGGAGCCCGACGAGGGCGACCAGAGCCACGGCACUAGUGACGGUUCCAUGAUGCACCCCCUGCCCAACGCCAUCAUGUCCCAAUCCCUGGCCAGCACACAGCACUACCUGCGGCAGGUCGAGUCACACACCAGCAAUCUCCGAAUGCCGCACACCGUGACCAGCAAUUCCCAAGUGUUGGGCGCCGGCAGCACCUUCUUGCCCACGCUCUUCCCCUCGCAGCCGACCCGAGACAGCAAGUCUUUCAUUUACCUUUCCAGCCAGCAGCAGGCCCAGUUUGUGACCGUGCCGCCCCCCGCCAUGCCAUCGUUCCCCAACGCCAUGGCCGUGCCGCCGCCGCCAUCCCAGCAGCAGCAGGCCAUGGGCCAGGGGGAGAAGAAACCCUAUGCAUGCACUCUCUGCUGUAAAACCUUUACCGCAAAACAGAACUACGUCAAACACAUGUUUGUGCAUACCGGAGAAAAGCCUCACCAGUGCAGCAUCUGCUGGCGCUCGUUCUCCCUGAAGGAUUACUUAAUCAAGCACAUGGUGACCCACACGGGGGUGCGGGCCUACCAGUGCAGCAUCUGCAACAAGCGCUUCACCCAGAAGAGCUCGCUCAACGUCCACAUGCGGCUGCACCGUGGCGAGAAGUCCUACGAGUGCGUCAUCUGCAAAAAGAAGUUCUCCCACAAGACCCUGCUGGAGCGCCACAUGGCCUUGCACAGCACAGGCAGCGCCAUCGCGGGGCUGACGGGCCCCGCCGGCAACCCGGGCCCCGUUUCCAUCCCCGUCUCCAUCCCCAUCCCCCUGCCCAUGGCCGUCCCCGAGCCCGGCGCCGGGGUGGUGGCCCUGGCCAUGCCCGUGAGCGGAGGAGCGGGAGAAGGGCCCGGGGUCCCGACGGGAGUGGGCGUGGCGGCCGAGGCCAGCUGCCAAGAAGGGACCACCUACAUGUGUUCCGUCUGCCCCGUCAAGUUCGACCAAAUGGAGCACUUCAACGACCACAUGCGAAUGCAUGUCUCCGACGGAUAAGUACAACCGGAUAAACUUCUCCAAAAGAAUGACAAACAAAAUGGCACUAGAUUUUCCUUUUUCUUCGUUUUGAGGUAUGGAGAGUAACGAGUACAGACACUGGCACAUUAAGUUUCCCAAAAGGAAAAAAAAAGAAAAAAAGAGAAAAAAAAGAGUUUCCUUUUUGUUAUUCUAAAUAAACAAAAAGAUGGUGGCCUUAAGGCUUAGUAGUUUGAUACUGAUCUACUGGAUGGAUCCGAACUACGGGCCUCUAAAUGUAUGAUUUCCUAAAAUACUGAUUUAUGUGUUGAACACUACCGAAAGGCCUACGAAAGAAACAUACACACAAACACACCUUUAGCGUAGAUCUAUCUGAGCGAAUAUAAGUGUGCGUCGUGUGUGCAUCUGCAUGUGUCUCUGUGUGCGCGUGUGUGUGUGUGUGUAUGAGAAAGAGAGAGAGAAAUGCCAUUUAAAAUGGCAGUUGUGAACCCAUACUGACCAGUUUGGAAACGUAAGAUGUCCAAACUUACUGUGGUAUAAUUUACAACAACAAUAACAUUUAAAAAAAAAAAUCAGCUGGGUGGGGCUACACAUUCCCUCUAAAAUACUAACAGUCACAAGAUUGCCUUCUAAAGUCAAUUUUAAAACAACAACACACAAGCAAGAAAGUAGUAAAUUUGACACUGGGUUUUAUUUAUUCCUAUGGUAUUGAGAUAUUUUGAUGGCGCUGUUGUUAAGGUACAAAUUUCAAUCACUUCCCGUCAAAAGAUUUGCGGGAAUAAUAUUUCGUAUGUUUUGUAACUGUCCAUGCAUUUUUAAUGGUUUCGUUGACUUAAUCAGACUGUGUUUAUGAGACGGAGCGGAAAAAAAACACAAAUGUUUUUCAAUACCCAUUUGCAUACACUGCCACUAAUCUCCUAAAAGACUGUUAGUCAAGGCUGCGCCAAUCAUAAAAUGAGUGUGAUUUUUAAAAAAAAUAUAUUGUUUUUCCCCCUGUCUUUUUUUUAUACUAUUUUCUUUCUCUGCCUUUUUCCCUUUGCAGUUAGAGCAGCUCGGAAUAAGAGACUAGGCUCUCUCUACUCCGUAUUUGCUGCAUCUCCACUUCCAUCCGACUGCGAUGGGCUGGAGGUUUUAAAACAAAUAUUGGCUCUCAAACUACCGGUAUUGUUGUUAUUGAUUAUCCUACAUGGUUAUUCAUUUUCCUUUCACUCUAUUAUGCAUCUGUUGGGGGGAGGGUGGGUGGGGGGGGCUUGAGGUUGGCUGUGGAUUUGAACAGUGUUAAGGAGAGAGACAUUCAAUUACAAUCCCAAUUUGUUGUUGAAAUAAUCGCCAUCUGAUUGGAGGAUACAACCUGCUCAUGACUUUUUGCAAAGCCGUCUUGCUUUGGUGGGAGCUUCAUAACACACUCUCAAUGUGUCACUGCCAAAUAGCCGGCGACGUUUUCAAAGGAAAAUUUGGAGAAGUACAUCUCCAACAUAAUUAUAUAUAUAUAAAAUGGUAUACAUUCCAAUUUUUCUAAAAGCUUGGACACACGUGUACAGAUUACAUUUGAUAGUUAGUGUGCGUAAGAUGUCAUUCACGCGUCAUGACGGCACGUAUUUGGAUUUUCACCUAAAUAGGACACCCGACAUACACAAUAUACACACACACACUGUAUCGUGAGUGUGUCUGUGUGUCCCAAAAUACACACACACACACAUUGUGCAACUGAAGGUUUUGAUCCUUUGUGUGAGCAAAAAAAAACUUUUGUCGUGAUGUUGCUCACAAUACAGCAGAUAUCAAAUCAACACACACACACACAAAACGUGCUACUUUGCACAUUUUCUUAAAAUGCCUGUGCUUGGUAUUUAAUCAUAUUUGUUCAAUGAAAUAUGAUUUUCUUUUAUUCAAUUUUAAAAUCUGGGAAAAAAAACAAUCACUUCAACAAAAAAAAACUCUUGAUAAGUGGACUGCGUUAUUUUCUCGCAAAUAUGUUGCACUGCUUAAACCAAUAAGUGCACUACUGCUAACAGAGGUAUAGUUUUAGAAAAAGAGGAUUUUUUUAAACAAACAAUAAAAAAAUGAAUAAUAAUCUAACAUUUGGUUCUAGAGUUCACGUGUUAGCAUAGCUUUGUUUCGAUUUUAAAGUAAUCCAGCGGUUCUUGGCUUUCGUUAGUGCUUGCAGUGACCUACAGUAUAUCAAUCCAUAUACUGUUUGUACAGUUCUUGUGCCGUUUUGAUGCAAGCAUUUAUUUAAAUGUGUAAAAAUGACCUGUGCUUUUUUUUUCUUUAAAUGGAGUCACUUCCCUAGAAGCUCAAUAAAUCAAUUGCGUUUCUUUUCGAGACAGAAUUUUCCUGAGAGCCAAACAGUGAAACGGCGACAGUAAUAAUCACGGCAACUUCUGUCUGACUCGGCGCUAGUGAUGAUAACAGCCAUUAUCACACUAUGAAUAAUAAUAAUAAUAAUAAUACAUUUAUUAUUGUGCGUAUGAGUGUGCGUGUGUAACAUAGAUGAUUAAAAUGUGUCCUAGUACAACUUUUUGCGGGUGGGCGUGGAAAGGUGAUGGAAUGCAGCUUCUUUGAUAAUACUGUAGUGUGUCCGUGGGUCGUGCACCGUUUGUGUCCUUUCCUUCCUUUCGUGGGUGUCGUCUGUCCGUGUGCUCUUUUAGCCGAAUCAAACUGUUGAUGAAGUGAAAUCUCUUGACCUUUGUAGGGCUUCCUUUGCAAUAUGCAGCGCAGGUACAUGACGGGGGAGCAGCUCCUCGGGCCACACCAUUUGGGCUCGUAACACACUUUGGGAAACAUGAGUCGGAAGUCCGAAAACUUCUCCGGAUUUCGUCUAACCGCAACUGAGAUGCUAUACUGCGGUUUCUCUUCUAUCCCCAUGUGAACAUUUUCUUUCACAUGUACCCCCCAUCUCAGUGAUGGUGCGCGUUCUUAGCCUAAAAACACACACACGCACACCCCUAUGAUAUGUAUAUAUGGUGCGGUCCCGGUGUUGUAGCUGUCGCUGCCAGGAUGGCAAAACGUGCUGCAUGCUAGUGCUCUCGUUGUCUCGACACAGCACGUGGAGGGUCAUCUCUUUGCCUUAACAGACAAUGCACUAAAUAGUUGAUGUAAGCAAACUGCCGAGUUCUUCUUCUUCUUUUUAUUUUAAAUUUUUGUCUCGCCACACUUUUGGGCUCACGGCGUUUUGUCGCCGGCCGGCCGAGCACUGCCAAAUCUUCGACGCCAUCUUUCAAGCGCAAAGGCAGACAGGUUUCCAUGUGACGUACGUUACGUAUUUCAGUGAUUUCGCAUUCCUUUCGCGGCGGCCCGCUUUUUCUUUUUCCUAUUUUUUUUUUUUUGCAUAGUUUGUGUAAACACAUAUAUCUAAUGCACUAUAGACUGUAGCUAGAUGAGUACAACCAGCUUUGUGGUAUCAAUGGUCUAAAUAGUAAGUUCAGUAGCUUGUCGUUGGCUUUGGAAAAUAUUUCAUUUUGGUAUUACACUAUAAGCGUGUCUCGCUAUCAUUUUUAUGUUGUUGUUGUGGUGCUGGUGGUGGUUUUCUGGAAUAAUAAAAUCUCUCCGGACGAGGGCGACUAACUCAUCCUAUCGUCAGUGGUUGUAUAAUAAGAUUGGAAGGAACGCAGACUUCUUGUUCGUCUUCUCCCCGGUGCGCAUUAGCUUCCCCUUUCACUCUCCGUUAGUUAGACAGUACGGUAUCUUCUCGAUUCCCGCUUUUUGGGAUUCUUGUGGCAGUGCCACGCGAGCGUUUCUUGGUGUUGCGAAAGAAAAAUGUGUACAAAUGGUUUUGAAAAGUUGCAGCCCCUUUUGGAAAAGAGGCUCAUUUUGCUCCUUUCUUGUAGUUUUAGCUAAGGGAGAUUUUUUUUUUCUGUUGAUUUGUUGUUUUUGUAUUUAGUGGGGUGUGGGGGCGCAAAUUGUCGGCUUGUUUUCCAGAACAAACCCUAUUGAAUGCUAGAUACCAAUCUUGCAGCUGUUUGUAUUGUGUUCACCAAUCACGUGACAUGUUUUAUUUAUCCUAGCGUAGAGAUUCGGGGUGGACGGUGCGUCGUUUUGUCUUUCUAGCAGUACGUUUGAGUCUUCGUUUAAUCACAAUACUCCUUUCGAUCAUCCUGCUUCGUUGUUCUGGCCAUCACACAGUCCGCCGGUGUCGUUUAAUACGAAGAUGUCGCUUUUCGCCCGGCGCGGGUGGAGGGUCGUCAAGUGACUAUCGAGUCAACGUUGUUCGCGGCGACAGGAACGGCGCUUUUGCAUGGAGGUGAAAAACACAGGAUGGGAAUGGUGAGGGGGUUCAUCGUCGCGUCCGUCUUGCCGGUUGCUUUUCCGUCGCUCGAGCUUGAAUUAAGUCACAGUUCGGAAUCAAACGUAGACGUCACAGCCUUUUUUUUUUAAUCCGCUCUCUUACAGCGCACACAUCAGUGUGAAACAGAUAACCUUCUGACAAAAAGAUAUUUAUAUAUAAAUAUAUAUAAAUGUAUAUAAAAGAAUCACCUUCUCCACACAGUUGAAUGCAUUUUUCCCUCACGGGAUAUCGGGAAUACGUCGAUCAAGUGCCUAUCCAUACGUUCAGCAACUAUACAGAAUUUUCAUAGUUUUUCUCUCCUACAUUGCACAGAUACAAUAUAUACACACAAUUGUCUAUUUAGUUAAAAAUAUACGACAGUAUUUAUAUGAGUAGAACCCGGUGGUGGUCCUGGUGGUGGUGAGUGUGCAUCCGAACCCUUUAAAAGAGCUGAAACAUUCUCUUGCCAUCGAGUCAAAGCAGAGUGUUCCGUUACCUUACGGAGUGGAGGAUUCAAAGAUAUCAAAGAUGCACAAUCGCUUACAAAUGGCUGACCGCCAUUUUAUUUUAUUUUUCUUCUUGCACGUCACUCACGUUGGCGAGUGGGUCGCGCGAGUCUUACCCUGACUCGGGAGUCGGUGUGUGUAAAUAUCAGCGCAACUCCAGAUGUUUGUUUAGACCCGUUAACGCGGCGGCGGCGGCCUUCGUAAGUAGAUUAGCGAGACCAUUCGCUCGCCGGUGUCAAAGUACGGCGGGUGCCCUUUGAACUCCAUGAUAGGGCGCCAUAUAUACAGCCCAAUGCCAAAUUCCCUCAUCGAAUAUUGAUGAAUGCUUUAUCUUAUCGGACUGUCUUCCUGCCCUACGUACAAGCCGCACAACGGAGCGACGUGUAAAAAGAAAUGAGCGAAUACUUUAAAAAUUUUUUUUAAUAAAACCCCCUCUUUUGGAGGAAAAGUCUUGUAAUCAGAUUAGAAAAUUGUGUGAACACAACACAGGAUUAUCGCACAAAGGUCUCUCUUUGUGUCAGACAUGGAAGUUUUCGGAUGGCGAUGACGGCGUGGCUGCGAGAUUAAAGGUUUUGGACCGGCUCAUUAUUGUGUCCCCUGCGGACUAAUUACCACACUUUCAUUCUCUCGCCUGGUCGAACGUGCCAAAUUGAAAAUUUUAGGGGGGGGGUAGAAACACUUUGCAUUAAAACGACCAUUGUUAAUUAGUACAAAGGACUAUUAAGGCCACACGGAAAAGGGGAAAGAAAAAAAAAGGAAUUGUGGUACAAAAACAAAGUCCUUUUUUUUGAAAGGUAAUUGUUUUGAGAAUUAAAUUUUUAAAAAAAGCAGUCACUCUGUCUCAAAAGCGCCGCCAUAUACGUAUUCAUGAGGUAAUACAGUCGAAGCUCGUUCCAACGUACCCCGAGGGACAUCACGAAUCGGUCCGUUCAAAUGCUCGUUCGUUGUAACCCUUUCCAAUAAAAUGGCCGCCAGCUACGACAUAUGAGUGUGAGCAUUUGUAGAUGUAAAAACAUGAACAUGGGAAGGAAAAAAAAAUUAUCAGACACGAAACAAACAACUGUAGCGUUCCUACUUCAUCUCUGAAAAAAAAAUUAAGUCGGCAAGUGAAAAGUGCCUACUCCGCACCGAAGCCGUUGACGAUCAUCUGUUAGCCUCGAACUCUUGUCACGAUUCUGUCGCCGUUACGAACGAUUGUCCAAAUCGUCGACUUUGCCCUUUCGAAAGUGAGAGAAUAAUUUUAGCCAUCACAGACAGCCCAAAUUUGCUUCCGUCGACCAGACUUUCGUACUCCGGAAGUGCGACGAAGUACGAGUCGAUUGCGCACUGUACAUUUUGUUCGUUAGCAAGGUCGCGGCGGCAGCUAGCUUCCCGCGGUUCGUUGCAACGAAGGCCUUUUCACUAGCGGGUGGGACAAAUCUGGUCGUUCUAAUCAAGUGUACGUUGUAAAGGUGUCCGCUGUCGGCAAAAUCGGAAUAUGGAAAAUGAAUUUUGUGAAAUCGGGACUUUGAAAUGUGAACGCUAUCGGGAGGGAAACGUCGUGAAUGGGGUACGCUGAGAAGAGGUUCAACUUGUAUCACUAAAUAUAUGUUUUUAAAAAACACACACACACAAACACUUUUGAUUGAAAAUUUUACAAAGCCAUGCAUAUUUUGGUGACUUUAUUGGGGCACUAAUACUCUGUAAAUUCGGAAAAUUGAGAAGAAUCCCAUUCAACCUCCUGAAGUGAUUGCCUCCACUUUGAUUCUUUAAGUCCUCCAUCAUUCGUGGUUUUUAUGAAUAGGAGAAAACAGCUAUGACAAUACACCGAUGCUUUUUUUGGAAGGCUUCGUUUCAUCGACAUUCAAAAUAUAGGCAACGUGAUAAAUCGUUCCUUUCAUCCGCCCAUCAGUCACACACACCCGCACACAUACACGCCCUCUCUACAUCCACCCGCAUUUUCUUGAUGAGUGUUUUUCUGCACAAGCCUUUCCCGCUUUUUUUUUUUCAAGCAUCUGCCGCCACCGUUGUAAAGGUCAACAGCAGUGCUUCUCAAACUUCUCACCCCUGAUCCCACCUCCACAAACGUCACCAGAAAAAUAACGAUACUCAAAUAUAGAUGAUCCCCCGUUUCGAUUUUGCCACAAUAUGGAAUAGCAUUCAAAUGUUUUGCCUGUCUUUGUAAGUUGCUGGCAUGGCUGGAUGAACAAGCAGUACGGUUAUUCUGACAAAAUCCCCGCGGCACCUCUGAUGAUUUCUCGGGUUCGGAAUCACUGGUGUAAAUAACAUGAUCGCACAGUUUGAACAAUAACACUGUGACGAAAUAAAGGACGAUUAAAGCUGUAUUUGAAUAAUGGUUCCAUUCAAAUGUGUUGCACAGAAAAGUGGCAUUAAAAAAAAAAGCUUUAAAAAAAUUACAAAUUAAUUGUACUUAAAAGUUAAAUACAACUCAACUGUACUUGAAAAAUCACUUUACUCUAUUAUAUAACAAAAAAUAAAUAAAAACAUACAUUUUUUUAAAAAAGUAAUUCCUUCACCUACCACGAGAGGGAGCCCACACAUCAAUCGUGGUGCUCGUGCCUGCGGUUUGAGAAUCACUGCUUAUGUUCAUUUGGGCUCAGCUCAAUUGCAUUCCUGUUCAAUCCGGAACAUUCCAGCCAGUGUCACCCUUAAAAAAAACACCAAACAAACAAAAACAAAUAACCUGUAUUUCAUUUCAUCUCGAGUUGUGAGCAGACCGCCUCUGUGGACACCGUCCACUACAAUGCCGAUUGAUGUUUGGCUGUCAUUAUUAUUUUUUUUUUCCAAGUCCGAUUGGCGAGGGCAAACCCGAACUAGACAUUGGUGGUUCACACAAACCAAAGAUGAGGGUUGAGAUUGUCGAUUAUUUGGGAGAAAAGAACAUUUCUUUUAGUUUUUCUUUCUUUCUUGUUUUUUUUGGUUAUAAAUGGCAUAAAGCGUAAGGCUUAGUUGUAGUUUUGUGCUUGUCUUCAUUGGUAGACUAAAUUAGAUUUUCUAUUCAAAAAUGCUACAAAUCUACAGUAUUUUAAAACAUUUUUUGGGGGGGAUGUUUGAAUCUAUAAAUCCACAUGAAUUCUUCCCGUGACAAACAGCUUUCGUUGGACAUGUGCGCCAUCCUCACUUUCAACUUUUCUGUAGACGCCUCACCUUCACGUUGUAGUACAUUGAACAGAUCCCAGUUUUCUCGUAUUUACUCUUUGUACCCCCUCCCCAUCCUAAAUAUUAGAUCUCCACAUUUUAAAGGCUCUCCCUGCAACAACAAAACUAACGUUGCAACUUUUGAAAUACGUUCUACUUGAGAUGGACCAAGAUGUUAAGUUUGCACAUAUUUGUCGGUUACCAAGCCAAAAACCUGAAGAGAAUGAUGACACGUGAAUUUUUUUCACCGCAGCGGCAAGGGAAAAUUCAUUUGAUCGUUAUGAGACGGUAUAUUUUUUGUAACGACAAAAGAUCAAUCAUCCUGAAAAAGUUUCUCUGGCAAUUUUUUGAGCAAGACUUUGGUCUACAUCAGAGGUGUCAAACUCAUUAUAGUCGCAGGCUAAUUUGGAGUUGCAUCUUCCAUCGGAGGGCCGUUAUGACAAUGAAACCACCAAAUUAUUACUCGUACGCAAUUAUAAUAGUUUUGUUCAAUUAUUGUUCAAGUGAGUGGAAACAGGGUAGCCAAAAUGUGUGCAAAAUCUCAACGUUAUUUAUUACACAUUAUACACAAUUUGACAUUUCGGCACCGAUUUUAGCAAGUUGACACGAUUGAUUUACUUUUGCGGGCCGCAUAAAAUGACCUGGCGGGCCGAAUCUGGCUCCCGGGACCUCGAGUUUGACACCUGUGGUGUAGAUGCUUUCACACUCGCGGUCUUUUUGAUGAAAAUCCGAAUUGCUUCAAUUUACGAGGUGAGCACUUUCUCGUCUUGCUCUCUUUCAGUCAUCUGUCUCUUUGUUGCCGCUUUAUCUUGUUUCUAGAUAACUUUCUUAUUUUUGGGGGGGAGUUAACUCAGUUGUUGAUUUUGUUUCUGCUUAAAUUAGCUUGCUCUCUUAUUAUUAACCCCGCCCCCCUUCCCGGAAAAGCAAAACAAAACAAAAACUUGUCCGAAGUGGAGCUGUUGUCGUAAAUGGUGGUUCAAGAUGACAUCAAAUGAAACAAUCCUGAGAUAUAUGCUGCAGUAAUGUGUUUUUUUUUUUUGACGUAACUAUUUUAAUAUUGUUCUGAAGCGAGCUUGUUUGAAAUGUUUCCACUGCUGUUCUGAAAUAGGGAAAAGCAAUUUUUCAGUCUGCCCAUGGAGUUUUUUUUAUUUAUUUUUAAUAUUUUUUUUGGGGGGUGAGGGGUGGGGGCGUGUAAUAUGAUUUGUCAAACACUGGACUGUAGUGAGUUUUCCAACAUUUCCAAGCUGAGCAAUGUAUUUGACAGACAUGACUGCACAUGACGUGAGGGCGGGGCUUCGUUCAAGUUUGAGUGAGACGUGAAGACAUUUCCUUUUGUUGGGGCGAGGGGGUGUAUACCCGUGUAGGUGACCCGCUCUUCCCACAUUGUCGCCUGCUAACUAGGGUGGGGGGGUGAUUGGCAUGAUCAUCAAUUCAUUCAUUGAUUGGUCGGAAAUCUGCAGAGGGUGCAAAAUUGCUUGUUGGUUAGCUACUGAGUCCAAAAGAAGUGCACUAGAGUUGGUUUUGGAGGAGUUCAGAACUGUUUUUGGGGGUGGGGGGGGCAGUUGCUCGUCAAAUGUUUAAUUUUUUUAUGAAUAUGAAUCCUAAUUUCCCCCUUACUCUACUGCCCAUCCCUACUAGUGACAGAUUGCAUUGACAAGACAUGAUAAAGAGAUAUUAUUCCACGUGACGGACAAGAUUGGACGCCUUCUUGCUAUGGUCAAGCCGAUAAUAACAAAAUUGUCUCAUUGUUCCACUUUCUCAAACCAGAAAAGAAAUUUGCACUAUAAGACUCAUUUUGGUCUUCUUCUAUCCCAAAAAAAUAAAAAAUAAAUAAGCAAUAGAAUUCACUGAACACCUUGUGGAAACCAUGGUUUGUUUUUGGGGCGUCCGUCGUGGGACACGUUGAUGUUUUCCAUUUUUGAGGGGCAUUAAAGUGUCGCUUCCUCCUGGCUUUUGUGAGGGGCGGGGGGGCAAUGUAAUGAGGGAAGGGAUCCAUCUUUAACUCGCGUUGUGUAAACAAACGAAAACGUUUGUAUUAUUUGGUCGUUUUGAGUGUUUUGUUUUAUUUUCUUUUGAGAUCUAGAAUGUUCCAAAAAAAAAAUCAAAUGCACCUUUUUGUGAUAUAAACUUCAUUGGCUGCAUCCACCAAAAUCGUUAUUUUCUUUAAAUUAUGUCCCACCAUCAAGGUCUGACCUUGACAUAAAUUAUUGUUGAGUGUGUUUUAAACACAACAAAACAAAAAAAAAAGUCACCAGCCAACAUGGCUUUUGUAGCUUUUCUUCCUGUUCCCACCGCUUUGUCUGGUGUCGCGGUUUGUCCGGCUGUGUUGCGUGUUCGAGGAAGCAUAAGUACGUGCCUUCUUGUAAUCUCGUUAUUAUUGAGAAGCUGAAGCCAGCCAAUUGUGUUUGCACUAAAAACCAAAUUGCUUUUUUUUUUUUGUGUGAUGUAGACUAUUUAAAGCGAGCUUGUUGCGUACAGUAUGCAUGAGGGUAGAUUGGCCCAUUUGUCAACCUGUAAACAAAACCAGUGCAGCUUCUUGAGGAUCUUGUGAAUAUAUCUCGGCUUUCAAUUCCAUCUCCUUUAGUCAUCCAGUUUGUCACAGUUUCAAUUGUUGAAACAAACAAAACAAAAAAAAAAGAAAAGAUUUUUUUUAAAAACCAAACAAACAAACAAGCAGGCAAUACCAUAACUAUGAUCCAUCUUUUAUGUUCACAUACCACAAUCAGAGAGUUACAUGUUCUUUUUUUUUUUUUUUUUUUUUUUUCAAUCCACGGAAAAGCAUGAGGUUGCCUCGAGACUCUUGGUCAAUUUAAUUUUAUUUUACGUGUAUUUAUUGCAUAUUUUCUCAACAUUUAAUAAAAAUUUUAAAAAAGAGAAGUAACGUUCAUGUGUUUUGAGUCUUAAAAUGCACCUUAUUCAUGUCAGUCCAUGGGAAAACAAAAGAAUAAUGAUUUUUUUUUUAAGAAAAAAAAAUGCUGGCAAUGUAAUAUCUCUAAUUUAGCACCUUACUACACAGCAUGUUUUCACUUUAUGCCAGUUUAGCUCUUCUUUCAUUUGGAAUCUCGGAUUUGUGCGACUUGUUCAUUCGUGGGAUGUGCCAAAGUUUGGAGGCGAUCUCCCCAACUGUUGACACUUAUCAGUUUUCUUUCUUUUUGUUCUUUUAUUUUCUCCUCCUCCUCCUGCUCCUCCUGCUUCAGUUAUCGCAAACUUUCCUAUAACAAGUGUGUGGAAUCGAUUUAUCUCAGCAAACAGUAUCAUAACUUGCCAUUUUACAAUAAGCCCUGUAUUUCACCUAUAUUUACCAGUGAUGUGUAUUCGUUAUUAUAAAGAAAAAUAGCCGUAAAAGCUUCAUUAUGUUACACAAUAUUGUGACUUUUUUCGAAAAACUGUGAAGACUUAUCUUGCAUAUACUUUAUACAGAAGUAUUAAGCCUUAAUACAAAAGACUAAAAAAAGUGUGGAAGAAUAAACUGAUUGUUGCUAAGUAAGGAUGAUUUUUGUAAAUGUUACCAGCACUUUUUUUGUAAUUUUCACUCUCUGAGGUAUUGUACAAGUUCGAGCUGUUUGUGAAGUUUGAUUAUGAAGGAAUAAAAACUAGUACUUUCCUGUACUUCA